GUAUUUAUUUGUAAUUUGUGCUAACUGAAGUUGGAGGUUUUUCAGUAGUGUACGAGACGCGUUGCCAAACGUUGCGUGUCGCUUAGACAAAUUGUGAUUCCCUUCAAUAAAUAGCAAAUAGAAAUUUCCUUGAUUAAUUGAAGGGCGCAUGGCAUAAUUGAAAGUGAACUGAUGUUAAAUAGUUUGAGAGCCGCUGUAUGUGUACUUAAAUAAAAUUUUAAAAUAAGAAAACAAUUCGUUUUGGUGAAGAAAGUAUAGAUUCUGGAUUAAAAAGUGUUACAAAGUGUCCUUGAUUUUUAAAAAUAGUAAUUUUAAUAAAAAAAAUCUAAAAUGGUGCCUAAAAUAUAUUAAAAAUACAAAAGGUAUCAAAGAACAUAAGUGAUUAGUAUAAAUCGGUAAAAUAAAACGGUUUGAAAAUUGUCCUGAAAAACGAAAAACCAAAAAUUAACAUAAAAAGUGCUGAAAAUUUAGGGAUAAAGGAAGCUGCCUGAACUUAACAAAAAGAGAAAAAUAUGACGCAUAUAAAUAAAAAACUUCUAGCACUGGUACAUCUAAUAGCAGUACAACUAAUAGCGGUACAUUUAAUAGCGGUGCAGGCAGAUCCGCAACUUGAUUUGCCACCACUGAAUCCCGACUCUCAAGGCCCCGAGCUAUUAUACAAUUCGCUCACACCCAGAACGGCAGCGAGUCCGCUGCAAGCUUUGGGUGACUUUGAUCGCAGCCAACGCUAUGGACCACCCUAUUCCAGCGAAGGGCUCAACGAUGAUGGCGCUGAUGAUUUUAGAAAUGGUCAAACUUAUGAUGAGCGCAUGCGCUACGGUUACACCUACACAGCUAGAGCGCAGAAUUUGUCUAGUGCCGCCGCUGAUUCGCCCUUCAGUGACUACAACAGUAAUAAUGUAGGACUACAACAGCGCGACAAUCCUCGUUAUCCCAAUCAUAAUUAUGAUAAUCCCAGCGAUCGUUUUAGCAAUAACAAUCGUUAUGCCGAUGGUUUCGAUGAUCGCCAGCGUGAACGUUACAAUAACGAUAAUCCCGACCAAGCUCGUUUUAAUAACCCAAAUAAUGAUUAUAAUGGACGUUUCAAUGGAAAUCAGUCGCCAAUUGGCGGCAACUUUGAUCCGAAUAGUCCGUUUAAUUCAAACAAUCCGUAUGGUAAUGAUCGUAGCCGUUUUGAUAAUCCUUUUAGACCGAAUCAAGAUCGUUUCAAUUUGAACAAUGAGCGUUACUUCGAGAGACAACGCUUCCAACAGGAUCGACGUUAUCAAAUAGAAUUGGAGAAGCUGCGCAAUCUUUUGGUGGAGACCGAUCAUAAGGGCUCGUUAGAGUGUACAGCGAAUGUGGCCGCUCAGUGGAAUUUCGAGACAAAUGUGAACGAGCUAACACAGGCGGAAGCGUUCAAUGCUCAACAAAAUUAUGUGGAUUUCCUGCGCUUGGUAGCCGAACAAUCGAAGAACAUAAAUAAAGAUUUCAUACUCGACCGGCGGCUAUAUCGACAGUUGAUGUUGCAGUCCGAAGCCGGACCCAAUGCUCUACCUAUAGAGACUUUGGAUCGUUAUAAUCGUCUAAUCAAUGAAAUGCUAUACAUCUACAAUGAGGCCACCAUUUGCGCCUAUCAACAGCCCUUCAUUUGCAAUCUGCGCUAUAUACCCGAUCUGAAGGAGAUCAUGUCCAAAAGUCGUGACUGGGACGAACUGCAGCACACUUGGGUGGAGUAUCAUCGCAAGGCGGGACGAGAAAUGCGCGAUGGUUAUGAGCAGUUAGUGGAUGUGAUGAAUGAAGUGGCCUACGUUAAUAAUGUCACAAAUGGUGGUGAGUUUUGGUAUCUGCCCUAUGAGUCGGCCAACUUUCGUCAGGAUGUUGAAAAUGUAUGGGAACAGAUACGUCCACUGUACGAGGGUUUGCAUUCGUACGUGCGCCGCAAGUUGCGCGAUUACUACGGACCAAAUCGCAUUAACCGCAUCGCACCAAUACCCUCACAUAUUCUCGGCAAUAUGUAUGCGCAAUCGUGGUCGAACAUUUUGGAUAUUGUUAUACCAUUUCCUGGUCGUAAAUUGGUCGAUGUAACGCCGCGUAUGAUUGAACAGGGCUAUACACCGUUGCUAAUGUUCCAAUUGGCCGAGGAGUUUUUCACGUCAAUUAACAUGUCUGCUGUGGGCCCCGAGUUCUAUACUAAUUCUUUGCUCGAGCAACCGUUAGACGGACGUCGUGUAUUUUGUGAGCCCUCCGCAUGGGAUUUCUGCAAUCGGCAUGAUUUUCGCGUCAAAACUUGUUCGGAAAUUAGUCAAAAGGGUUUGCUGAGCGCCCAUCAUGAGAUGGCGCACAUACAGUACUUUUUGCAAUAUCGCCAUUUACCGAAGGUAUUUCGCAAUGGCGCCAACCCAGCUUUUCAUCAGGCGAUUGGCGAUGCUAUUAUGUUAUCUGUGUCGACCUCGAAACACUUUCAAACGAUCGGCUUGUUACAACGCUCCGUAGAUGAGUCGAGUUAUGAUAUAAACUAUCUUAUCACGAUGGCUUUGGAUAAGGUGGCUUUCUUACCUUUCGCUUUGGCUCUUGACAACUGGCGUUACGAUAUAUUCAGCGGGAAUACAAAUAAACAUACGAUGAACUGCCACUACUGGAAUCUUAGAGAACGCUAUGGUGGUAUUAAACCACCAGUGCUUCGUUCGGAAAAAGACUUCGAUUUGGGAGCAAAGUAUCACAUACCAGCAAAUAUACCAUACAUUAAAUACUAUGUGUCGACUAUUUUACAGUUCCAAAUCUACCGUGGCAUGUGUCGCGUAAGCGGUCAAUAUGUGCCCGGUGACCCACGGAAGCCCUUGCAUCGCUGUGACGUGUAUCGCCAUCCAGAAGCAGGGAACUUACUAAAAAGCAUAAUGGCCAAAGGCGCCUCACAGCCGUGGCAGGAGGUGCUUGAAGAGACGCUCGGUGAGGGUCGGCUGGAUGGCACAGCGUUGCGUGAGUACUUCGCACCGCUCGAAGAAUGGCUGCGCUUGGAGUCGUUGCGCACGAACGAGUUUGUCGGCUGGAAUUACGAUGGCGACUAUUGCAAGCGUAGCAUUGAGACGGCGAAUCUGCAAGUCACGGGUGGUUACUAUAACGCAGCUACUACUGCAGAUUGGGUGAAAUUGCCAACACUGUUGUUGGUGGCUUGGUCGCUGCUUUUUAUGUGGCGCAGAGUCUAAGGAAAAUGAAACUUUUAACUUUGUAUAAAAAAGCUGGAUUUUAUAUUUUUUUAUGAACAUGGUUAUAUAUAUUUAUUUCUUUUAUACAUGCUUAAUGUAUUUUAAGCUCUAAGUUAUCGCUUAUGGAGUUUUGUUGUAAAUAAAAAAUAUAAAACUUAUUAAAAUAAUAA